AAAUCAUGUUGUCGUGGUUUUGCUUACUUUGGUAACAUGGAUAGUUAUUCCAUCCAAGCCAUGUUAUACGUCACUGUAUUGUGGGCACAUCAUUCCGAAAAGCUGUUAGUUGUUGAUUCACCAACGUUUGAUAUGUUUGGCUGAAAUAUUGGCUACAUCGACUGUCAUAAGCCAGUCUAAAGUACCAAAAAAAAACAAUAAAAAACAACAUGGAUACAGAAGAAUCACUCCUCAUCCUCAGAGCUCAAUAUUUCCAAUGCCUCGACGUCGACUGCAUCAGAUGGCCGCCGCAGAAGCUACUUGCCCACCCAGACACAUGCUACUGGACUUGGAAGCAUCUCUGCUUUAAGAAGAGAGCUAUGGCCAAGCUCCCUGUUGCUCAGUACCGCUUAGUUUUCUUCAAGAGACUGCUGGAGAGGCUCGGGCGGGCUGGUCACGUCAUCACAGACGAUCCUAAAGAGGACGGUGUACUUCCUUCCAUCGUCGCGAUGGUGGAGGCCGUCAAAAAGCUCGAACAGAUGUCUGCUUCAGGCAGUCCCGACCACCCCGAAGACAUGCAUGUCACCUACACCGUGCCCCUGUUCCCGCCGGGGUCUUCUUCUACCGUGAACCCAGACAUUGUCACGCUCGUCGAGUCCAGGCGCCUUGUUGCCGGAUCGCGCUUCACCGGCCACCGCACAUGGGACGGCGCCCUGCACCUGGCGCACUAUCUUGUUGCGGAGCAAGGGAGCACCGUGAAGGGACGCUCGGUGCUAGAGCUAGGUGCCGGCGCGGGCUUGCUGUCGAUCCUCUGUGCCAAGUAUUUCGGAGCCGAGAGCGUCAUCGCCACGGAUGGUGACGAGCGUGUCGUCGAGGAGGCGCGUAGAAACGUUGAUAUAUGCGGCUUGGGCGGUGAAGAAGAAGGCCAGGGCCGCGUAGAAGUUGAGAGGCUUUGGUGGGGAGAGGAUCUCGGAGCCUCGUGGCUCCAUGAUAGAUUAUUCAAGCAAGAAAAAAGUCUCGACGUUGUUUUUGGAGCUGAUUUGAUUUACAACGAAGAGUCUGCGUCGGCCCUCGCAAAGACGCUGAAGUCACUGCUUGUAUUGAAGCCAGGCUUAAAGGUUAUUAUUUCGUGGGCCAUACGGUUUCCUGAAGUCGCGAACAAGUUUCUCCAGGAUUGUGAGGCGAAUGGACUUAAUAUUCGGGAUUUGCCCUUCACCAUGACGCCUUACACACAACAGAAAGGCCUUUUCUAUCUGACCGCUGUGCCACUUCGUAUUAUACAGGUGUCAUCGCGAUGAGCUGGUUGGUGGAAUCUUUAAAAUAACGAGAAAAGAAUUUAACUUCGACUUGGACUAGGCGAGCCUGUGUCGAGACCGAGGGAGGACAAGGCCUCAACGUGAAAACCAAAUCUCAUACCUGCUACAACGUGACCAGAUCUUGCUGUCGCACAUCACGUUCACAAGGGCCAUAGUGUAUCAUGAAAGACUCAAAAGAGUAUGAUCUGCCAUUUCAUUAGGUAGGGCCAGUUCUACCUUUUGAAGCUUAGUAUUAUAAAAGCCCCAGCUGACAACUUGGCCGGCUAAUAAACCUGAACCGUCUCCCCUGUAACUGGGUAGACUGAACGUGUAAACCGCUGCUGCAACUAAACAAGCAACGCUGCACAAGCGAGCAGAGAAUAGAGUAGGGAAGGUAAUACCAAGACUAAAAGAACAACAAGGGAAAAUGACCGUCUGCAGGCCAUGCCAGGAAUUUCUUCCAAAACGUAGGAGAAAAUGAUAUGACCAAAACCUUCCCAGCCUUUUCAAUAAGUCGACCAAUGCUGAUAAGAGCGCCCUCCCUGAACCAACCUCGUAUCGAACGCCAUGCUCGGGCUUGUACGGUAUAAUUUGGCAAUGAUUUGUGAGUUUUUUUUUUUUGAAUACAGCACAGAGUAGCUAUGGAAAACAUUGCCCUCUGUGACAAUUUGAACGUCACGUCGAUCAGUCCGUUUUCUCACGGAAUAUAUCGCACCGAGACACCACAAGUGGCAUUAUGCCAGGAAAAUAGGAGAGAUAAAAAAUUGGGGAAGGUUGAAGCCUUUACGUUGCGGCCGACGCAUCUAGUUUGUCAUAGGCGGCUUGCAACGCCUUGACCUCUAGUCGAUCCGAUUCCAGGACUGUGAUCCAAUCCCUCAGUUGGAUGUUCUUGCCCUUGUCGCUAUUUUCGCGCAAAGAACCCAGUCUGUAUCUUCCAUCCACCGUGAGUGCUAUCGACUCCGGAGCCUUGCGGCUAGGAGCAGCACCCGCACCCGCAGCAGGAGUGCCAGGCCCAGCACGUGACGGUGUUGAGGCGCCACUACCUCCCGACGUCAACCAGUCGUACUUUUUGCCCUUCUUCUUUCUAGAGAGCUGACCUAAGAAAUGGGAUGUCGUUGAGUUUGCAGAGGCUGUAUUCAUCCAGUCCAUCGUCUUGUUCUGCGCCGCCCUAGCUCUCUCCUCCUUCUUGGUGAGCUUUGGCGUUUCUGGCGCGACUGACGAUGCCCCUGGUGUUCCUGGUGCAACUGAGCCUGCACGAGAUGGGUUGGCUGAGUCACCACCACCUUUCUUUUUGCGAUCUUCCUCCUCAGCGCGCUUCUGACGCUUGAGGAGUCUGGCUUCUUCGGCAUUACGUUCGUUCUUGCUUUGCUCACGCAUGACCGCACUGAGCCCCAAGCUCGCAGCCGCUUGUGAUACACCAGCACCCAGAGGACCUAAAAAAAACUUAUUGUUAGACGCCAUUCAAAACCGUCAAAGCUGAUCGACAUAAAAGCUUACGCUUAAGCGGAUUGGGGCGGGGACUAGCCGCACUCCCGUCUCCGUUCACACUGUUUGCUUGCUCUGCGAGACUAGCAUCGACCGUAGUGAUCGGCGCGCUCACGUCCAUCCACUCCGGUGGUACUAUACCGUGUGACGUCUGUUGUCGUGUGCGUGCGACUCUGUCCGCAUCCUCAAGCAGUUGCCGAACCCGAUGCUUUGUGGCGAUGGAAAGUAGGCCUAUCUGCUCUGCAAGAAACGAAUCUGCAGGAAGAAAUGACUUGGAAGUAUUCACCACCACUUCAUUAUCAAUAACCUUCUGGGUGACAGUGACAGACGGCUCUGCGAACUCGGUGUCAAGCUUCAUCUUGCCCAUGCCACCGUUAGUCUUGGGGUCCAGCACCAGGCCGAUUCCAUACUCCUUGGCGAUCUUGGAUGCCUUUGAAUGAAUCACAGCAAUGUUGCUGAAAGGAUUCUUAACCUCCUGGCUCCUCACAGUAGCUAGCUUUGCAGCUGCCUCGCUCCACACGCUCUUGGCAAGCUCGGCGGCGAACUGUGCCUGGUCAGUAAUCCCCACCAACUGAGCCGGCUGAUUCGCUAGCCCAGCACCAUACAUGCUUGCACUGCUUCCAGGUACAUUUGCGGGAAAUCCUGUCCUGGCUUCGGGACGCGUGCUACCAGCGUAAAACUGAACCAGGUCCUGUUCCAUCUCCUUCAGAUCGAUUCCUGUGCCAUUGAGGGAGUCGUUUACAUCAUACUCGACCUCUUUCUGCGGACGGUCGGCAGGCUUGGAUGGCGGCCCCAUAGUGCCUCCCGGAGUGGCGGGAUGACUUGGCAUAGGGGCCAGAGUCGCUGUAGCAUAUGGGGAGCUGACCGGCGCCGGAGUCAGCGGGGUUGGAGUUGUGGUUGGUAUGAGCGGAGCUGGCGACGCCACCGAAGGUGUGCCCGGCUGCCGCGAUGGCAUGGUGAGGCUAGGCAUUGUGAGGCCCAUAGGUUGUUGUGUGGGCUUGACACCAGGACUGUUUAGCGAGUUCCCAUUAACGUAAGGUGUCGGUUGUUGCGGAAUCGUAAGAGCCUGGGGAGGAGGAGCCAUCGUUGUUGGUUGAGGCAGCGCGAUUUGUGGGUUCAUGGGCGGAGGUGAGGCCGCGUUAAGUUGGGGAGGAGGCGUUGCUGAUGCGGCGGGGCUCGGGGCGUAUACGGGUGAUGGUACGUAUGGGGAGGCUGGUUGACUUUGGGGUGGUGCUGGAGACAUUCUCUGUUUUUUAUUAGGAGGAUUGCCCGCUGGGUACGGCGCCUGGGUAUGGGCGUGAGGUAUCGUUGAUGGUGAGAGCUGGGCGGGAGAGAAUGGCCGUUGCGGCGCGGGCGGCAGCUGGAUCUGAUGCUGUGGUUGCGCCAUGGUGACGGUGGUGACUGGCGUGUCGCCGCGACUGUCGAAAUGUAGCAAAAGCAAGCGUCUUCAGCGGAGACUUUGCAACGCUGAGCGCGAUAUGGAUAGUGAUGCGAUGCGACGAUGAGGAGGCCUAGUCUAGCUGCCUCUCCUCAGUCCCCCAGAUCGAUCACAGGCCACUGGACGCUAUCUCGGGCAACAAGCCCGUUGCAGCCACAGCGCGGUUCCCUUGCCCAACACCAUCCGAGACGCGACGUCGCCAGUAGUCUUCUGAUAUCGGUCGAUUAUUUUCUCGGUAGGAAGCGUUUUAUGAUCGCGAUUUGCGCUUCCUGCAGAUGCGUUGGCGUCGAGGCGUUCG